AUGGCCGGUAAAGGAGAUGAUUUCGGACCUCGCCUGCGUUUGCAGAACACUGGUCUAGAUAUUGCACCAUACGUCUUGGAUAGCCAGGCCCUCAGACGCUCCCAGGAACAGUACUCCUUCAAGCCUUCCGAAUGUGUCAUCACAGAUUUCUACCCUCGUCAAGGUACGGGGGGCUCGAUGAUUGUUCUUGUUGGCAAUGGAUUCGCUUCGAACCGGGAGGACAACGAAGUUACCAUUGCUGGUGCCAGGGCUCUCGUUGUCGAAGCCCAACCAAACCGGAUGGUGGUCAUCAGUAACAAUCAUGCCAAAUCCGGUGCCAUUCACGUUGUGAACACGUCUAGCGAGGGGAAAGCGACCAGUAGAGGUAUCUUCAAGGUCAUUGAACCACAUCUCAUCAAAGAAGAGGCUGAUGGACCACCUAUCAGCCUUGCUGGCCGAAUUCUUGGAGGGCCUGGUCCGCCUACAUCCUUUCCGAUUGUGCGCAAAGUGCUUGUAGUCUUAUGCCAGCCAAGCGACAAGACGGCGCCCGCCAACUUUGCUUCCAAUACCACGGCCAAAUGCACCACUGUUUCGACGUACUACAGCCAAAUCAGCUAUAAUAAGCUCGACGUUCAGUUCACUUUUGUCGCUUUGUUUUCGCUUUCGCAGCCGUCAACCCAUUACUUCAAAGGUGCCGCUGGUGGGAAGGGAUAUCCGAACAUUGACGAGUUGGUCCUCUCGGAGCUUUGGAAGGAAUGCGCUGAUCAUGCGCGUGACCUCGCGACGCCAAUCGAACCGAAUGACUUUGUGACAAUGUGCACGUGUAUCUACCUUCCUUCACCUCCAGGAGAGGACCGUAUCAGGGGGUGGCAACACGACACUGAUAAACACCCGACCGUUGGUAUGGACUCGGGAAAAGGGCUUAUUGCUGUUGCCCAUAAUUCCACAUGGGAUCGAAUUGCUCACGAAAUUGGUCACUCACUUGUCGAAGGUGGAAACGGUGUUGGCACCACAGGCUACGAAGAAGACAUCUACGUUGGGGAUGGUGUCGAGGAUUGGGAGGCCAGUGCGCAGAACUUUGACCUUAUGGGCAACCACACUCUUCACCCCAUGUUUUCUGGGUACUUCAUGGACCAGCAGCAAUUUUACAAGCCUGAGAAUAUCCUGUCUCACCCCGAUAUUCCCGACUAUACCGAUACAAGCGGUGGCGGUGUCUUUCGAAAGGAUGUCGAGCUGGUGGCACACGGAGACGAGGAGAUCGAUCACGCAGCUUCCGACCGCUAUCACUUGAUCAAAAUCAAGGUCUUUGCCGAUCUAUACUACUUUGUCGAGGUCAGGCAGACUCCCGAUUUACCUUCUAUUCUCUACGAUACAGGUUUAUCCACGUUCGGUGGCCCGGAUGCAGGUGUCCUGGUUACGAAAGUCACCACCGGUCCAGCACCGGGUACUGCUCCUUCGGCCAACAAUUUUCGCGUUCGCUUCAUCACCCUUCUCCAAGACAACGCCGUCCUGCUUACGACAGGGCAAACAGCCGAAGAUCCCCUGCGCAACAUCCGCAUCCAAGUACUCGACGACAACGUCGAGGAUAGGCCACGAGUGUGCCGUGUGAGAGUGGAAUGGCGCCAACCGUCAGGGGAGAACCGCGACGGCCUCUACGACCUCCGCAUCACCGACUGGGAUCACGGUCCCAAUUGGGAGACCCCGGACAUCUGGAUCGACCGCGACCCCUUCGGCACAUACGACUAUACAAACCCAACCACCGGCCUCCCUAUCCUUAGCGGCGACAGACCCGCCGUGGGAGAGGUCAACCGGUUCUGGGCGCGCAUCCAGAACUAUGGGUUCCUUCCCGCGAACAACGUCAAGGUGACGUGGUACUCAAUCACGCCGCCGGGCGUCGGAGACAACGGCACCUGGACGCCACUAUCCUCGCAAACCUUCCUCACGAUUCCUCCGAACACCGUAGAUUGGAUGUGGUGGAAACCGUGGCGCCCCUCCGUUGCGCAGCACACGUGUAUGAAAGUCGUCAUCUCCCACAAAGCCGACGAGUACUCUGCCAGCAACAACGCGGCGCAGGAGAACAUCUUCAACUUCGACACGAGUCCCGGUGGCAGCGGGUCCUCCCUCGUCGCCGACCCCGUCGAAUUCCCGAUCGCCGUCCGCAACCCGUUCCAAGAACGCACGCGCAUCUUCCUCGGCGUCUCUGGCGUCCCCGAGGGAUUCCACGCCUAUUUCCCCAAGAGCCAUGUCUGGCUCGAGGGCCUGGGCGAAGAAACCCUCGAUCUUCUCGUUAUCCCCACCGCGCCGCUCAGCCAUUUGAAAGUCCCGUACGCCGACGUCCGCGUCGAAGGCUACGCGACGAGGCACUACACUAAACCGCUUUGCGAUGGCGAGUACCCUACCUCCUCGUCCUUGAAGAUUGGGGGCAUUAGACUGUCGGUCACGGUCAAGGAAUCAAGUGAGAUCAAAUUGGAUGAGCGCUUCGAGAGGACGGAGCCUGGUGAUGGGAAAUUCCAGGUCUUUGGGACUGUUACACCGAGUGUCUCCGGGCAGAGGGUCCGUGUCAAGGCGCUGAGGGACGGGUCACAGAAAGUGAGUGAGGUAUUCACCAGGAAGCAAGGUCGGUUCAAUGCGGCUUUUGAUCUGUCGGCGGAGAAAGGAGGCGGUGGCGGUAAGGUGAUCGUCUCGCUUCAGGCGGAGAUUUUCAAUGCGGACAGACUCGCGCCAGCACAAUCUAAUGUUGUGUGGUUUGAGUUGUAA